AUGGCCGAUUUCCUGCCGGUGCCGGCGCUGUCCCUGCGCGAGGAGCCGCUCCCGGAGGCGGCCGAGACGGAGGCCGAGCUCUCGCUGGGCCUGGCGCGGACCAAGACGCGCUCGUACGGCAGCACGGCCAGCGUGGCGGCGCCCUUGGGCGAGCGCUACCUGGAGCACCGCCUCGGGCCCGGCGACACCCUGCAGGGCGUCGCUCUCAAGUACGGCGUGACGAUGGAGCAAAUAAAAAGGGCAAAUAAACUAUUCACAAAUGACUGCAUAUUUCUGAGAAAAACAUUGAAUAUACCAGUUUUAUCUGAGAAACCCUUGCUAUUUAAUGGACUGAACUCACUGGAAUCUCCUGAGAACGAAGCAAUUAGCAGCCCCCCUUCUUGUGAUGAAGAUCCAGUGACUGUUCAGGAAGACGACUCUUCACCCAGUCCUCAAGAAUCCGACAAUCAUCUUCUUCCACCUGAAGAAUUAUCGGCCAAAGAUUUUCUACACAGACUAGAUUUGCAGAUUAAGCUGUCCAAACAGGCAGCUAAGAAGCUAAAACCUGAGGAUACCAGGGAGGACGAUGAAGAAAAUUCCUAUGCAACUGAUUCCUAUCAGCAGUAGAAGACGGCAUGAAGAGCUGGACUAGAAACAGUUCUUAAAGAACUACAUAUGUCAAGAUUCAAAAGCAGCCCUUUUGAAUUAAUUUAUUAUGGUGUACUUGUUACAAGUCAUGUACAGAUAACUCCACUGACUAUUCUUGCACUAAAUUUUUGACCUUUUGCCUUCUGCAGGCCGGUGUCCUUGUACUAUAUAUCCGAAAGGGAAGUAAGCCUUCCAAACGAGUAAUUGCCUUCAUAUUUUUGCUAUGAAAGAGUACCACCAAUAUAUCCCAGAGACCCCCUUGAUGUAGAAUCUGUAAGAAACAGACACACGCUUAUGCACAGGAGAGACUAAGUAUUCUUGAAAACAAAUCGUUAUUGUGGAGCCAACCACGAGGCAGAUAAGCCUGUUGUGCAAAAGUAUAGCAGGGUUGAUGGAUGUGGCCUUGAAUAUUGUAUAUGUGGGAGUGUGCGUAUAUAUAGAGAGAGUAUAUAUAUAUAUAGAAAGCAAUUUUUGUUUCCAAAAAUGAACCAGUUUAGCCAUCCGUUUUGAGGGGGGAAAGGUUGUGCUUUUAAAGGAUAGAAGAUUGUUUGGAAACGUAACUUUUUUAAAACAAAGAAGAAAAGUUUAGUGAAAUGUAUUUUUGUUUGUGUAAGAAAAAUCUUUGAAGCAGCUUCUUGUGUGCAAACAUACGUAGCUUUCAUGUAAUAAAUACAAAAUGCAAUUUACGUCACUGACUUAUCUUUGUCAUCGAGCCUAUCAUAUAUACAAAACACAGUGUCUAGUUCUUUGCGGAUACGUUUUGAGACACGUUUCUUUUAGUUUCAUUUGGGUGUAUUGAAAUGUCCUGAGACGUUCAAGCGUGAGUGCUGCUUUUUUUUUUAAAACCACUGUAACUUUAUUUGAAAUAUAUCAAGAUUAGAACCAUCUUAA